UCUACGAAAUUCGCGUCCUCCAAAACUCUCCGUGGCUCUCUCUGUCUCAGUGGAGUUGUGCGAUGGCGGACGGAGAGAAGCCGCUGAAGAAGAUAUCAGAAGCGUUCAAAGAUCUGGCAGCGACUGCAAAUUCUCAAACCCUAGAAAUGGAGGUGGCCCCCUUCUCCAACGCCUGCUCCCACGUUUCCGUUCUCUUCUCUUGCUUAGGGAUCGCUUUCAAGUUCGCCGAGAUGGAUUACGUCGCCAAGGUUGCUGAUCUCCAAGAAGCAUCAAAGUCGAUCGGUACAUUACAAUCCUUGCUCAAUCAUGACAUUGAAAAGAACUGUGUGAGGAAAGCUGGCAGCCAUUCUCGGAACCUACUCAAAGUGAAGCGUGGACUUGAUAUGGUCAGGGUACUGUUUGAGCAAAUUCUAGCAUCAGAGGGGGAUUCUCUCAAGGAUCCUGCAUCAGUAGCCUAUGCACAGGUCUUGGCUCCUCACCAUGGAUGGGCUAUCAGGAAAGCCGUCGCUGCCGGAAUGUACGUCCUCCCAACCAGAGCACAGCUAUUGAAGAAGCUAAAUGAAGAUGAGGCGUCAGCGAAGGUUCAGAUGCAAAACUACAUUACGUCAUCAGCUCCUGUUAUUGUGUACAUCGACAAGCUAUUCCUUUCAAAGGAAUUGGGUAUUGACUGGUGAAGAAUCAUGGGGACUGCAGUUGCUUUGCUCGUGCUUUUCACUGAUCGGUUAGAAUUGGGGUAUGAUUUCUCUUCCAUUAUGCAACAGGAGACUCAAACGGGCUCGUUCCCUCCCAUGUAAACUAUAUAAAACAAGCACACAGAAAUCCCUCAACACAGGAACCGCACAUUCAUUUGUAUACCAUGUGGAGUCGCAAGCACUCUCCCUGUAUCUGUUCUUGCCGUUUCCUUAAUAUGUUUUUAUUCGUUUU